AUGACAACCAAUCCUCGAGGACUAGAUCCAAAAGGAGGAUCCAAUAGUUUGUUUCCGGCACCCAACUCAGCUCAGCGAGCGGCACCUAGCUUGGGAGGUGGAUUGGCAGUCCCUCAGAGACAGCCUAGACAGAAGGUUGCCCUAAAACCUGGACAUUCACCUUUAGACUGGGCAGCAUUGAAUAGAAACACACCCAAGCAUGUCAUGAGAGGUGUUCCACCUCAAACUCCUCCUCCUCAUUAUAUAAGGAUAAGUAAAGAGGAAUUAAAGUCACAUAAAACCAAAGAAGAUUGUUGGACAAGCAUCAACGGAAAAGUAUUCAACAUAACACCUUAUGUGGACUUCCAUCCAGGGGGUGUUGGAGAAAUAAUGAAGUGUGCCGGCAGGGAUGGAACUGCUUUAUUCAAUAAGUAUCAUAGUUGGGUGAACGCAGACCGAAUGCUAGAAAAUUGUCUUGUUGGUGUUUUAUCAAAGGACUAA